UGCUUGUUCGCUUCACUCCAGCAAUUUUCCUUCACAUACUUGAUUUCAUUCUUCAAUUGCGAUAAUGCUGGCAUCAAGACCAAGUACUUCCUUAUCCACCACACCUCACACCACAUACUGCCUUUCCGUUCCGCGCCCGUGUUCGUCCCUUAAAACACCCUCACGAAGAUCUAUCGAUGGUGCAUUUGCGCGUCUGACGCUCGAAGACCCUGAAACGGUCGCGACAAUGCAGCCGCCAUGCGCUGCGGGAGGCCUCUCGUCUCCCAGCGCCUUCUCGGCCCUUCAGCGCGGCGCGAAUGGCGUUGGUCGGGUGGGAGGUGUUCCUUCCUCGAGUCUCGCGCAAAAGGACAGCCCGCAAGCUGCGCGCUCGAUUACGCGCCACAGGCGGUCUGUCUCGAUGUCGUGCCUCUCCUUUCCUUCCGCCGCAUUCACCGCUCCCCUCGCCGCGGCUUCGCCCAUUCACUCCCCGGGGAGUAAUUCUCCGUUUCAUAUGGCGCUACUCCAGGUUUCUUCGCCGCGCGCCCGCUCCGCCCUCUGCGCAUCGGCGACGUCUUAUCGCGCACCGUAUGAGAUAGGCGCCGCGGGAUUUCGACCCGACUUCGCCCGGGCCGACAUCAGCUCCGUCGCCGUCGUCGCACCUGGGGAGGCUGGCGAAUUCUGUGCGACGCUCCACCCAGCUGCGCACUCCGCUCAUCGCCGUCAUCGUCGCACGCCGUCGGAUUCAAGCCUCCUGAUCGCUUCAUUUCGCUCGAGCGCCCUCCAGUCUCGCAUUGUCGCUGAAUCUGAAGCGCAGUCGGUGCUGACCACGUUGACCGAGUCAAUGUGGCUAAACGGCUCGACCGAGUCAAACACGUUGACCGAGCCAACGCCGGUUGCGAGGUCGACUGAAACGACAGCGGAGCAGCAAAGCGGCUCCUCGGAGCACCUCGCCUCCGUGACGACGCAAGUCGACGCCGAAAACCGCCCCCCGCCGAAGCCUCAAUCAAUUCCGACGCCGGCGCCGCGAUUUGAGGAGUGCGAAAUCCCAAGUCAUGUAACUGCACAGCCAUUGCUCGCACAGCUCCCGCCCCCGCCGCCUCCGCAAUCGUCUACUGAAGCGCAAGUUUUCACGUGCCCAUUCCCGCCGCCACAUCUGGUAGAGCGCGGAAGUCUUGCGCGGGCGACGGAUCAACCCACUGGCGCAGCAGACCGUGCAGUGUGGGGACCAUCGUAUGACGUCCCGCGUGUUUUCCUGCCCGCGACACACAGCCGCAGCAGCAGCGGAGAGAGUAGUGAGUGGGGGGAAGCGGGCGGGGAGGAUCUGGCGGAGCAAUACGAGCUCAUGCGCGCAUCCUCGUUUUCCGCCGGCGAUGCGCUAGCGGGCGCGCGGGCUUCUGCUGAGCUGGCAUGCGAUCCGAAAUGGAUGGACGCGGCACGGUGUAGAAUCAGCGAAGCUGCCUUGCGAGUGGUGGAGACACAGCAAGUGUUGAUGGCUUUAGACGGGGAUACGCGAUAUAGCAGCCGCGAUAACACUACGGUCCGUUCGAGUUUCUCGUACAAUCAUUUGAACACCCCGCCAACUACACCCUACGGUGGUGGUUCACGAAUGUCGCUGGAUUCAGGAGCAAUGAGCGGCCCAACAUUUAGCUGGAGUCAUCGCUGGUUCGCAUCGAAACAAGCGACAACCCCAUCAUCUUCGUCUUACAUCUCAACCGUUGAAUGGAACGAUAUCGACGCUCACAAUGACAGUGGUUUCCCUUACCGAUUCACCGCUCCCCCUGGAGCACUGUCAACGCGUGUUCCGCUGGAAAAGGGUGACAACAACGAGUUGAGCAACUCUCUGGAGCGGCGUGAAUUCGGCUACAAGCACAGGUCGUACCAGGAACGAACGGUAGUGGUUCAGGCGCAACCUUCCCCCAGCGCCAUGCGCCGAAACCUGUCCUUCCGCCAAUUGUCUUCCGCGUGGCCCUGGAAAGACACGUCUGCCUCAUCCACGCCGCGAGCCAGCAACAGUAUCGGAUUUGGGACCCCCCAUUGCACUACACCCAGUAAAGCAGUAACUCCUACCGGUAAACGGUAUUUUCCUAAAAUGAGAGGAUCCAAAUCUGUGGCUAACUUCGCUUCGAUGAGUGACAGCUUAGGUGUAACUAACAGCUGCAGCAGCCCCUGCAGCAGCAUCAGCAGCCCUGCACCCAGCAGCACCAGCAGCAGCCGCAUCUUCAGCAAAUUCAGCCCCAGCAGCAGCAGGAGGGAGGUGAAGGAUAGUGACAGCAUGGACAGGAGCCAAGGGGGCGGAAGCAAGGCGAUGGCGGAUCACGUGCACGCACCCGUGCCAAAGCCGUCUCUUCGGCGCACCCUGAGCAGUGCUAAGGAGAGGCUGCAGCUGCUAGGGAGUAGCAGCAAGGUCAGGUGAUGCAACCAGGACUCAGGCAGGAUGAGUGGAGGAGGGGGGUUUGGUGGUAGCAUUUACGGGAUGGAUGUCCCCCAUUGGAGGUUCCUGGCUGAAAUUGUGAAUUGAAUUGUGUGCGGCAAUUGGUUGGGGCACGUUCCGCGCUUGGGGCAAGCCUGGAGGCAGGACUUUGGGGCAUCAGUUAUACUGGAGAGAUCGCCCAAGCCAGCACUUCAAAUGAUCCAGUCCGUAGAACUCAUGCCGCAAAGUUAUGCCUCGAGACUUGAAAGCUGCUUUUGCGCUUUCUUUUCUCCGGGUCUUCUUCUGUGUGCUGACUCCUGACUCCAUUACCCCCAAUGCCAACACAGGCAGCGUGUGCGCUGAGGUGAAAGAAACAUACGGUACAGCUCUGCCCCUUGCUCAACUCAUGCCACUUUUACCAUACCAUAAU